AUGGCUCAAAGCAAUGGAUUUGUACGGCUGUUUUUGUUUUACAGUUUAGGCCUACUUUGCCUGGUUUUCAAGUGCAACGCAUUUUAUCCGAGAAUCGUGAAUGGCACACAGGCUAAUGAGGGCGAGUUUCCUUUUGUGGUAUCGCUGCGCCGCGCCUCCGAUGGCCGUCACAAAUGUGGCGCUUCACUGUUGAAUCGCGUUUGGGUGCUCACCGCGGCACACUGUGUGGUCAAAUCGCAACCCGAGCAACUGAGCAUACAAUAUGGCGGCAAUGAAUUGGUUGCGAACAGCACCAAAGUGUCGAAUGUCAGUAAGAUAAUAGUGCAUGAAAAUUAUGAGCCGGGAAAUUUGCAUCUCAACGAUAUUGCGUUGUUGCGCCUGCAGACGCCACUCAAGUUUGGUGCAAAAGUGCGCGCUGUGCACCUGCCAGCAGCGCAACAGGAUACCCCCGAUGCUAUGCCGGCAGUGUUGCUUGGCUGGGGACUGAAUGCGACCGGUGGAGUCAUACAAAAACAACUGCAAAAGGUGCAUCUACAAAUAUUUAGCGAUGAAGAGUGUAGUCAACGUCAUGGCACACAAUUGCACCCAACAACCAUCUGCGCCGGUGUGCCGGAAGGUGGUCGUGGGCAGUGCAGUGGCGAUUCGGGCGGACCGUUGCUGGUGAAUGGUCAACAAGUGGGCAUUGUUUCGUGGAGUCGCAAGCCUUGCACUGUGGCGCCAUAUCCCGGUGUGUUUACGGAGGUUUCCGCCUAUGUGGAUUGGUUGCAGCAGAUGAUCGGUAAUGAUCGCGACGAUGGCGAUUGGGGUGAGAGCGAAGAGUCGUGGGAAGAAUUGACAACCGGAAAUCUCAUUAUAGUGCGUAGUAAAAAGGGUGUGGCCAGCUUAUUGGCUAAACAUAAGAAGGCAUAAUAAAUAACAAAA